GAUUUUAGCCGCCAUCGUCCGUCGACCGAUCGACGUUCGCUCGUUAUCGCCGGCCCCCCGCCCAACAUCCCACCCCCCCUCUCCAGAAUACAACCAAAAGCGACAGAGCGAAGCAGUGACAAUGAUAGCCAACACAAGGAGCAGAUGCCCCAGGAGCAGCAGCAGCAGGCAGAGCACAUCGAUAUCCCCAGCAACAUCUUCAUCUCCCAUUAGCAGAAAAUCAUCAGGAAUAUCAUCGUUCAAAUCAGCAUCAACAGCAACAGCAGCCACAAGAUCGAUUGCCACAAAUCGAUUGCUGGUCGGCGGCUGCCUGGUGCUCAUUCUGCUGUCCCUGGCAACCCUGGUGAUGGGCAAGCCCCAUCAGGAAGCGCCAGCUGCCACUCAAAAUGCUGAGUUCCCGGAGGAAGAUGGAGACAUGCUGAUGGAGCCGAAUGAGUUUACCCCGAUCACGGUGCUGCGAUCCCAGGAGCAGCACUUCCACAUGCCGCCCAGCACCCAGCUGCAGCCCAGACAGUUCCAGGCGCCCAUCCGGCAGGAGCAGGAGCCGGAGCAGGAGCAGUUCCGACCCAUUGCCAAUCCGAACACGAAGCUGGUGGCACGCUCCGAUGUGGGGGCCGAUUCGCACAGCCAAGCGGCCCAGAACUUCUAUCCCCCGUUCUACCAUGAGGCACCGCCGCUGGGUCACUCGCGGCCUUAUUUUGGAGUGAGCCACGGCCACGGAUCCGUCUCGGAGAGCACACCCCUGUCUCUCCCAUUACCUCUAUUGGCGCCUGGACAGCACCCCGGACAGCAGCAGCAGCAGCAGCAGGUGCAGCCCCAGCCACAUCCCCAUCCCCAUCCCCAGCAGCAGCCGCAGCAUCCGCAGCAGCGUAACUUCGAUGCCAGCAUCCUGGGGAGCGGGGACUUUGGAGUGCUGAGAGGUGGCACCUUCUACCCGGAGGAGGAGAUGCCCUACCAUCCGGAGGACAACAGCGAUUACAUCUACGGGGACGCCAACAACGGACACGGACGGCCCACCGAGGGCUUCGUCCAAAAGUACACCUAUCCCGAGGAACAGUUCGCCAACUUCCGGGACUUUGCCGACAUCAACACACCUGCGGACUCGGCUUUCUCCCAGUUCGUGGUGGUUUAUGCGGCCAAGAAUGCCACCGCCCCCAGCACACAUCCCCAUCCGAAGAACAUUUUUGAGCAGCUAGAGCUGCUCGACCGGGAAAAGGCCCUCGAGGAGGCGGCCCUCAAGAAGCAGUCGGCCAGACCAGGCCAAGUUGGUGGCCAGGCCAAGGUCACCUCCAAGUCGAAGACCAAGCUGGCCAAGACGAAGCUGCAGAAGAAGUACCGGAAGAAGACGAGUCCCAAGUCGGACCCGCUCGACCUGGACCCCCUGCUGGCCCUCAGCUAAGCGGUGCGGUGCGGUGCAGUGCACUCAAUGGUGCCGCAGUGCGCCGGCCGGCGAAUCAUAUUCAUUUCUCUCCACUGUUAGAUUUAUUUAUUUUAUUUCCAGAUGAAUGCAAAUGCAAAAACGCCCACACCGCCCACAAAUCAAUCGCGUCUUACUCUUAAGAGCCCCCCAAGAUCCCUCAAAUUUUGUGCUUCAUUCCAUGCCACUACCACUAUCACUAUCACUGCCACUGCCACCCCUACUCAACAUCCUCAACAGUUCUCCAAUCCAAAUGUAUCUUUAUAUUUUUUUUUGUUUUACGUCUGUCUGUUUGUCCUGCAUCAUUCCUGUUGUUAAUUCGUAAUCUUAGCCCUUAGUCUACUAUACUUUAUAUCUCUAUAUAUCUUAUA